AUGUCCCUGGCGAUCAAGUCAAUAUGGCGGGCUCGGUCGCGAUGCUCUGCCUUCUCAGGACCUUUCCCAAAAUCAAGGGCCCCAUUGCCCUCCAGGAUAUCCAAUCCCUACGCUAUCCGGCUCGAGUCAACGACAGCAUAUUCUGAUGGGACAAACUCAACUGAACCCCCAGAAACAGCUCUUGUAGCCCUUCCUGAGAAGUCUCUCGAAGUGAGCGAACAACAGCCUGAGCAGGUCAUUGCCAACUUAGUUACAGACGAUACUCACGAAUCCCGCAAUCGAGCCUUUAAAGAUGCGUUCAGGAUCGAUGCGCCUCGACUGGUCGAAGACAAAGAUACUAUGAAGCUCUUUAAACCUGUGAUCGGAAAACCACUUCAAUAUCCAAACGAACAGGCGAACAAAGCAAGCGUACAGGAGCAUAGGCGGGACGCACGACGACAGGCCGGCUUGGGUGUGGUCUGGAGCCACUUCGAUAAGACAGUUCCGCAAUGGAUAGAGUGUUUUGGGCUCAUGAAGCGCAUGACACCGCAAUGGAGCGAGAGGGCCAACAUGUCGGCUGUAAGGAUCGUCCUACCCAAAACGUGGGAUAUCGAAGUCAACAACCAGAAUCUCGAAUAUGUCGACUCUGCGACGGGCGUGCUCCAGAAACUGCGGGCAGUGGUGGAUCGUAAUCCUUCUGCCAUUGUGCUUCGUGGACAGAGCAAGAUAUUGGUCAAGGUGGCCGACGAGAUUGUGAGGUAUUGCGAAGACGCUGAAAUCUAUGAGCUGGGAGAAGUGGCGGCGUCGGAUUACAAGACGAGGCAGCUGUGGCCAACCAUUGAAAAUGCGCCAAACGGAGGCGCCUCGCUCCCUGAUGACCAUAACGACAAUAUCUGGGUGCACAAAGAGUACCAGCCUCACUCUCUCCAUGUGCCAUACGAGCAGAUCCCGCGACCGCCCUUAUGGACACAUGACAACUUUGAACACUAUAUCUCAACGCUGUGCUAUGGAAAGGUGCCUCCUCAUCUAGCAAUCAGGUUCUACGGCCAAAGGCGUGUGAAUGGGAGAUAUAUCGAUACGGAUGGCAUCAGGAUUAAGCUCAUCGUUGAUGCCUUUGAGGACCCUGCUGCAAAACCAUUCAUUACUGUCCCUGUCUUGAAAAUGGCCAUUUCCAUGAUGGCCUUCCGAGGUGGACAUCGUGCCUCUGCCAACCAUCUCGUACAAUUGGGAGAGGAAUUAGGCAUUCCCAUGGACACUGAUAUAUACAACAUCAUGCUUGAAGGCUACACUCACAAGCGUGAUAUUGGCUUCUUUUAUAGGUUUCUCCGAAGGAUGCAGGCGCGCUAUCAUCACCCUAACAUUCGAACAUGGCUGCUUUUCCUUCGACUGGUCAGGGGUGAGGACGAAAGGAGGCAGGUCAUUGUGGCCAUGUACCAAUUGGGGAUGUUCAAUCACCAGGCCACGCGUCGCGGGAUCGCCGAUGUAAUGGCCUCUCUCGAUGCAUAUGCUGCUUUCAAAGCUGGAAUACCUCUGAGAUGCUUCCUGGACGAGCAGAAGGAACGCUAUGGUGAGGGCUGGCUAGCGAUUGAUGGUCUCAAUAGUAUUGCCACUGAACUACUUCGCUUCCACCGUCCAGAAGAUCCUCGAAUCGAAGAUUGCAAGAAACUGGUCAGUAUUCAUACCGAGUCAGGCCACAGAGUUGAGCUCAAGACUAUCAACAUUUUCCUCAGCCACGCGGCCAAGUCUAGAGAUUGGGAUACUGCUCUCUGGGCUAUGUCACUCUUUAAGGACGCCGGCUGCGAGCCUGACCAGGAGACUUAUGGUGCUCUCCUGUCACUUGCGGUCAAAACACGCUCACCACAUGCCCUCGGAACUGUCUACUUCUACGGCGUCCUCCAUCGUCAGCUCCAGAAGGGAUCGAGAAACUUGCUGAGCCAAGUCCUCCUUCGCACGCACAAAGACCCCUUUUGGAAAAAGCUUGAGCAUCAGCCAGGCAUUUUCCCUAGACAGGCAAUCCCUGAUAUUCUAGCCAACAAGAUUCCUCGUCUUUGGGUAGUCAUGUCCCGAGUCGAGCGUGUCAUCCUUGACAAGUGGGCGGGCUAUGUUCCCCUUAAACCCCUCGAAUAUGCGCUCGGACUUUCAUAUCGCUCUAAUGACCUGCCCAUGCACUCUCAGAUCAGCGCUGGUAAACCCGUUCAGGUGCAGGAUCUCAUCGUCAAGCUUCGCAGAGCUGACGGUCAACCUGGGAAAAUCAACGUGCGACUCAAGGGUCGUUUCGAUCCGGCGCAUAUGAUUGAGGGUUGGGAUGAGUCUCUGGCAGAUUCAAACCAUCCGAGCAUAGUACAAGAAGAAGAGCCUGACAGUUGGCCUGAUGUUGAUGAUGAUACUCCAAAGCUUUUGUCGGCAGGGCCCAAGACGAACCCAAAAUCGCCUGGCGUUGGUCAAGAUGGUCCUCCUGAAGGACCAGAUUCCACUCCUUCCCCUGAAGCUGCUCUGAAGGAGCUCGAGAAGAAGCUCGAAGAAGCUCGAAGAAGAGACUAG